AGUUUGUGUUUAGGUUAGAGUUAUUUUGUUCUUGGCUGCUAUUCAUCCCAAUGCGUAUAAAUUACUGAGCGUAAUGUGUUCACGUCAUGUACACAUGUGACUCAGUCUAAUCUAGGAGCAAUAAAUGGGUGGUCGGGUGUUACUGUAGUGGACAUUAUCAACGUCACGUGUGCAUUAGUGCUUCACCCCACAAUCGUAGUGGGAGGCUGUGUAUAUGGAAGCUGAUAGUUCAUCCAUCGUGAAGCUGAGGACUAGGAUUCUGCAGGAGAUGUAUUCGAGACUGUACAGUCACAGCAGCGAUUCCGCGCGGAUUCUUGAAUUGCCUGAGGGCCCAUUAGGGUAACUCGACACAGCGGCCAGGGAAGCUAUGCACAAGCGGGGAGAAGCGCUGGAUACUCCUCUGUUUUAUCUGCUUCUUCGUCAUUGCUUCUCUCAUGGCAUACAUCAUCGUCGGACACAGGAAUGCCUCAGCUCAGCCUGCCAGUCUGCCGACUGCCUGUCUGACUCCGCAUUGUUUGAAGCUAAGUGCGACGGUUAUAAGCAAUAUGAAUCUGUCAGUGGAUCCGUGCGUGGACUUCUUUGAGUAUGCAUGUGGAGAGUACUCACAGAACACAGACAUACCCCCAGGCCACCCAACGUGGAGCUACUUUGAUAUUCAGGGUCAUCAACUCAAGGUUGCAAUUAAGCAGUUAAUCGAAACGAGUGGAACAGAGUUCAAGGGUCAAAACUCAUCGGCUCUCACGAAAGCAAAGAUCUACUAUGAUACGUGCAUGAAUGUAUCUUCUACAGAAAGUCAGGGUAUCGAUCCUGUACUAAAGUUGAUUACAGAUGUAGGUUCGUGUAGCAUGAUUAACGACAGCUGGGACCCAAGUACUUGGGACUUCUUGGAUGUCUUCACGAAAAUGCAGUGGCUGGGAGUUCAGCCACUUCUACAUUGGAAAGUAGAUGCCGAUGACAAAGACAAUAGUGUUAACAUACUCCAGUUCCAGCAAGGUGGCUUAUCACUCGAUUCUGAGAAAAGGUACCUGUCAAACAGCACAUUGAACCUACAAGUGCGUGAUGCAUGGAUAACGAUGAUAACAAAGAUUGGCAUUUUGCUGGGAGGAAAUGAAAAGACUAUGCGAAAACAAGCACAAGAAGUUUUGGAGUUUGAAACAAAAUUAGCUAAGGUUUAUAUACCACUGGCAGAUACCAAGGAUCCCAUGGCUAUAUACCACAAGAUGCCUCUGAGUGAGCUGCAAGCAAUGAUGCCCAACACAAAGCUUCAGCUGAAACCAUUUCUCAAUAAGAUAUUCAGCAAGAGCAGUGUAACAGACAAUGAAAACGUUGUUGUCUAUAUGCCGACUUUCUUCGGUAACUUCACCAGCAUUCUCAAUGCAACUGAGGACAGGAUACUGGCCAACUACAUGAUAGUACAAUUACUACAAUCAGUAGUGCCAUACCUUCCUACUAGGUUUGAAGAUGCAGUACUUGAAUUCAAGACGGUUGUAUCCGGCGUGAGACCAGAACGCCUGCAAUGGGAGAAGUGCUCCAGCCGUCUGCGCAGUACCUUCGGCUUUGUUGCGAGUGCCCUCUACGUAGACGCAUACAUGACCGAGAAAACGCACACCGAGAUCAGUGAGCUGAUGGAUCACAUCAAGAAAGCAUUUGUGAUCGGCCUGCCACAGCUGGGCUGGAUGGAAGAUCAGACAAUGCGCCUCGCUCUAAGCAAGGCUGCGAACAUGUACUCUCAGAUCGCAUACCCUGACUGGAUCCUUAAACCAGCCAUGCUGGACGAUCACUACGAAAAGGUGAAUGCCACCAAGGACGAGCCUCUUCAUAAUGCGCUCAGCGUAAUGCGGUUUGCUGUGGAUAGGAUCAUUGCUCGCCGGGGUCAGAAACCAGAUAAGGAUGAGUGGCAGAUGGUGCCAGUGAUUGUGAAUGCAUACUACGCGCCCAACUAUAAUCACAUCACAAUCCUCGGGGGCAUUCUUUCCUACCCAUUCUACGAGGAAGAUUUUCCACGGGCGAUGUACUAUGGUGGCAUGGGAAUGGUGGCAGGACACGAGUUCACGCAUGGGUUUGACAGCAUGGGAUCACAGUUUGACCAGAAUGGAAACAUGAAAGAUUGGUGGGAAAAGUCAACAAAGGAGAAGUUCAAGACGAAAUCAAAGUGCAUGAAAGAGCAAUAUGAUCAAUAUAAUAUGACACUAGAAGACCAUGUAUACCAGCUGGAUGGCAAGCUGACGUUAGCAGAAAACAUAGCAGACAAUGGUGGUAUUAAACUAGCAUGGACAGCAUACCAACGCUGGAGGCAGGGCCAGGGAAAGAACAUGGCCGAACUCACACUACCUGGUCUAAACAUGACCCAUGAUCAGAUGUUCUUUCUGUCUGCAGCUCAGGUGUGGUGUCAGUAUUCGGUGCCGCGAGCCGAGGUGCAGCGCAUUCUCACCAACCCUCACAGCCCACACAAGUUCCGCGUGAUCGGCUCUUUCACAAACACACCCGCGUUCUCUGAGGCAUUUAGUUGCGCCCCCAAUGCGCCAAUGAACCCUUCUGGCAAGUGCCUGAUAUGGUGAUUGUGGUGGCAAAUACCUGAUAUGGCACUUGUGGCAGCAAGUGUUUGAUAUGGCGAUUGUGCAGCAAGUGCCUGAUCUGGCGAUUGGUGUAGCAUGGAGUGUCAUAUAUGGUGAUUGGCGGCCCAGUGCGAUGGCCCGCCCCUAAAUCAGCUGUGAUAGACUGAGAACGUGCGUCAGAGGAUGAAGAACUUCGUCAUGGGAUGCUGCACACAGAUUACCUAACUGCACGUACUCUGUGGUAUAUAUUGCCAUGAUUUGCCUAGGUUUUGGGAUGGGAGGUGGGGGGGGAGGGGCGUGUGCGUGUGCGUGUGUGCACGGCUGCGUGUGCGUGUUUGCAUGCUCACGUGCUCGUGCGACAGCCAGCAUGUCGGUUUCAGAAAUGCAUACGUAAUACCGUGCGCAGCUGAACGAUGAAGUGUUGAACUAAGCUGGGAUUCGAAUUGCAGCGUAAGUUGCUGGACCGUGCAAGGUUUGUGAGUCACUAUGAAUCCAGACAUUGAUAAUGGAUACAAGAAUUUGAGAUGAAGUGAGAAAUACACAGAGGAUUAUUAUAGUUAACACCACAAGCGGUUUGCUAGUAAAUUUCAUCUGUUAGGUGAAGUGUGAAAUAAAGCUACUGUAGUUGUCGAGCUACUAAUCUCAUAUUUAACAUGGCUCCAGGUUCAAAGUAGUUUUUAAAGAUAUCACGAUAAUAUUUACACGUGUGGAGUUUAAAGAUUUCAAUUCUAUUCUGUGAGAAACGAUUGAUAUAAGCAUAUUGGCAGUUUAAAAUUACAGUCAUAUAACUUUAGUGUCCGAUUCUCAUACUGUGAUAAUGUCGGGAUGUAAUAAGGGUGGGCUAACAGUUGACGAUUGUAAACUGUAAAAUCCAUCUGCAGUCUAUAUACAGUUUGUGGUUGUAAUUUGUGAAAACCACCGGUAGUCUAACAGUCAGUGGUUGUAAUUUUUGAGGACUGAGAAAUCUAGCAGAAUCUGUCUGCGAAUUGUAAGAACCAUCCGCAGUUUAAUAGUUGAGAUGAGUGUGAUAUGGGCCCACUAUUAAUAUUCAUGAAAUCUUAGUGACAUUCCAGCUGUAUACACGGCAUGUAAAAACCUGUACUAUUAUAAAUUAACUAUACUAUAGAUUUUCCAUAUUUUUGAGAGCAGAUGUCUAUAACUUUUUUUCUAAUAUCCUUUACCCUUUACGCGUGCAGUGCAGUAAAUCUUUGUUUGAAACCUGAAUUUUAAAAUUGUUGAAAACCCAGGACAUUUUAUAUGAAAUAAAAUAAAUUAAAUUGCUAAUCAAAAUAGUGUGAUGAUUGCAUAAUUUAUAAGUGGCUAUAAUUGGGUAGUAAUUAUUCCUAAUACGGUAGUAGUCAUAUAACAGUAAAUCGGUGGCUAGUGGCGGUAAUAGUUAGGGUAUAGGUAAUCUGGAGGCUAGUGAAAUAAGUUAUGAACAAUUUAUAAUGUCAAUGUUCAAAUUUAUGAGUGACGGAUAUUAGAAAACCCUAAAUAUUAAUCUAAUUUAAUGACAUUCCAACCAGUUACUUGUUAGUUAACUGUAGGCCUAAUGUGUUUUUCAGUCGUUCGCGACAAGGUAUUGUCUGCAGUUUGUAUUUCUAGAGUGUAUAAUAGGUUGACGCCAUAAGUAGCUGCUCAUGUCAAUCUUCGUGGAAGCAGUCACAGGGAGUUAUAUAUAUAUCUAUAUCUAUAUAUAUAUAUAUAUAUAUAUAUAUAUAUAUAUAUAUUAAUCUUAUUAUUGACUUUUGAUUAAAGAGAUUGAAAACAUUCACUAGUUUUCGAUGCAAGGUUAAACUUUAAGUAAAGUUAAGGUUAUUAAGUUUUGUGUUAUGGAUUUUAGAGAGGUGUACAUUUAUAACAACGAACUAUUUUCUAUAGUUUUAUUAUUCUUUUCCCGCUAGACUGGUACGAAGGGUAAGGCUAUGUAUAUGCAGUAAUUAUGGGAUGUUUACUCACCUCGUUACAUUUAUAUAGAAUACCCUAUACUUAUAUAUAGAAUUAUAUUUAUAUUGUUUUAUAUUGAGUCAUUAAGUGACAUAUUGAUAUAAUAGAAAUUUCCUGCACAUUUACAACAUAAUGCGGGAACACAUUAUUUGUUUUUGGUCUCUCACUGGUCGUCGAAUCAUUCCGUAUGAUCUCAAAGCUUAUUUCUCUUUCUGAGCUUUGUUGCUGGGUGUCAGAACGAGUUUGCGAUGUUACGCGCAAAUUGACGGUUGCUUCUCAGUCUGUACAUUUUGUUACUUAUAUAGAAGAACUUCGUAUCUUGCUGUUCGCAUCAGUCUGGCUGGGAGUAGCCAGGGGAACGUUUGCAGUCGGACUGUUGCAUUGCUGCACUAAAUAACGACAUGCGCAAUAUUAUAUGACGUGCACUAGCCUGUGAAUUUUAUUUAUUAUUUUAAAAUUCAUUUCUAACUAAUAAAAUGGCAAGAAGCGGUUGAGGAAAGAA